CAAAUUAGUACAGAAUAUCUGCAUUCAGCUUUAGAAGACCUACUCACAAGAGAGCUUCAGGCUUUUAAGGAGAAUAUCUGCUACCAUGAAAUCCAGUGUCAUCUUGUUUGCUUUACUUCUUAUCGUCUGUGUUUGUGAUGUUAUGGCGAAGAAUUCUGACCAACCUAGCAAAUAUGGAGUUGCUGGUGAUGCCUUAGUUUUAAAUGGUCGCCCUAAAGGAGAAUUGGUUUGCAACGAUGUUACACGUGGACGUGCUACCGCUUCAUGCUCUGAAGGUUCAAUAAUAUUUGAAUGCAGAUGCUCUGAUGGAUGUGAGGAUCAGAAGCAGAUGAACGACAACACUUGUUCCUGCAAGUGCGGCAAGGCUACUGCUUCCUGCUGUAAGAUAGUUGCAGGAAAAUAACAUUAAUGGUCAAUAAAUGCAUUUUUCUACUAAAGAAGUUAAAUAUGUCUUUAAUUAAGAAUUGUUAGGAGUGCUCAGUGCAUUACUUUUGCAAAUGUAUCACACUGUUAAUCCAUUUGCUUUUGCCAGCAAUUAGGAAAUGUUCAAUAUCAUAUCAAACACAGACUUGUUUCCUUAAUCAAAAAGUUGUAGUAUAAUAAUUUUAUAGCAAAUGAAAAGUAAACAAAACAUUUCUUUUGAUUAGAAUGCCUUCAGCUAACAUCAUUUUUUUUCCGAAAGAUAAAUACAAUAACAUUAAGUUGUUCAAAUGGCUACUUUUCAAAAUGUUGUAAUGCCCCAUGAAAGCUUACACCAAAACAGUAGGGAUCAAUAAAAUUGCCACUUUCAGCUUUGUUGACUGCCAGCUUAAUGUUUCCUUUGAUGUGUGAAUAUAUUUUACAGAAAUGGACAGAUAAAGCAAUGCAAUAUAUAA